AUGUCCGGCCGAUUCGUGCGGGCGUCGAAGUAUCGACAUGUCUUUGGGAAGAACUCGCGGCGAGAACAAUGCUAUGACAACUUGAGGAUCAGCAAGAAUGCUUGGGACAGCAACAUCGUCAAAGUCAACCCUAAGUACCUGGCGGUCAACUGGGAAGCGAGCGGCGGCGGCGCAUUCGCAGUGGUACCGCUCGAAGAGCGAGGCAAACUCCCCGAACAGCUCCCGCUAUUCCGCGGCCACACCGCCGCCGUCCUCGACACCGACUGGAACCCCUUCAACGACGACAUAAUAGCCUCCGGAUCCGACGAUGGCAAGGUCUUCUUAUGGCAGGUCCCGGACAACUUCUCCCUCCAUACGGACGCCGAAGAGCCGGCGGAUGUCAAGCCAGUAGGCAAGCUGAGCGGACACUCGAGAAAAGUCGGACACGUGUUGUUCAAUCCCGCAGCAGAGAAUAUUCUGGCUUCUAGUUCGGGCGAUUACACGAUCAAGCUGUGGGAUCUGGAGGAUGGAAAGGCGAAGCUGACGCUGAAGCACAACGAUAUCGUGCAGUCGCUGUCGUGGAGCGCCAAUGGGAGUAUGCUGGUCACGACUUCGAGGGACAAGAAGUUGCGGUUCUGGGAUGUGAGGCAGGAGAGGCCGGCGCAUGAGGUGCCGGGGCAUGCGGGUGCGAAGAACAGCCGGUGUGUGUGGAUGGGCGAUCUCGAUCGUGUGGUCACGACCGGUUUCUCGAAGAUGAGCGAGCGACAAUUGGGGCUAUGGGAUGUUCGAAACCCCAGCAAGCCAAUUGGAGGGGACUUCCAAUUUCUGGACUCGAGUUCUGGCGUGGGAAUGCCCUUCUGGGACGACGGCUGCCAUAUCCUGUACAUUGCUGGCAAAGGCGACGGCAAUAUCAGGUACUACGAAUACGAAAACGACAAGUUCGAGUUUCUCUCCGAGUACAAGUCGCCUGAGCCCCAACGAGGACUGGCCUUCAUGCCGAAGCGAGGCGUCAACACGCACGAGAACGAGGUUAUGCGCGCGUUCAAGACCGUGAACGACGCCUACGUGGAGCCCAUAUCGUUCGUCGUCCCGCGACGAUCCGAGACUUUCCAGGAAGACAUCUACCCGCCGACCGUCGGCACCAAACCAGCAAUGUCGAGCGAAGAAUGGCUAAGUGGGAAGACCGCGCUUCCAGCAAUGUGGUCAAUGGAAGACCUCUACGAAGGCAAGAAACCCACCGAAGUCGCCGCAGCCCCGUCCUCCAAACCCACCACCACAGCCAGCGCACCCGCCCCAGAACCCGCGAAAGCAGCGGCACCACCGGAGCCCAAACCCGAACCCGCCGCGACCCCAACACCCGCGCCCGCACAGCCAUCAGCUCCUCGUGAAAUGCCAAAGAUGGAAGACAACAAACAAUCCAUGGCCAGCAUGGCGGCCAAGUUCGCCGACCGCGACGACGACGACGCCGACGCCAACAACGACGCCGACAGCAGCAGCUCGUUUGAGGAAGUGCAGAAACCCGUCGAGCGGCCUUCGACCAAGAUAACCACGGGCGCAGCACCGCAGGAAGCAGCGGCGUUCACGGGUGAAUCCAUCUCCGCGGCGCCGAAGGCGACAUCGCUUCCUGUCUCGGAGCUGGAGAAACGCGCACCACCCGCCGACGAGAAGAAGGAUGAGAAGAAAGAGGAGGCAGCAGCGACCUCCCCACCUCCGACCGCCAGCGCAGCCGCAGGCGGGCUAAGAGAUGUCCUGCAGGAGAUCCGCGGGAUGCUGAUGAGUCAGGGCAAGGCGAUUGAGGAGUUGAAUAGUAAGGUCGAGCGGUUGGAGGGGAAGUUGGGGGAUUAG